CAGUCUGAUUUUGGCGUCACACAGAGUCGAGACGACGCUGUCAGACGCCACGCUGACCACCCUGGGAAUAACUAACUGCAGAUAUUUCUCCACACAUCAAGAUCCCAUCGUUUCUACACACAGAUGCCGGGCCAAGAACUUUCUGAAACGGGUUUUAUUUCGCCGUUUCCGGAUCACAACCUUCACCAUAGGUAUCCGCUCAUUUCUAUGCGAACCGAGUUUGAGGUGGAUUAUCAUGCCUGCAAAUGGUGACUGCCUGGGAUAAAUAUUUAGGAGCAGCGCGGAAAGCCGGAGGAGGAACGUUCGGGUUUUGACGUUGUUCGUGCUUAUAGUGAAGCAGACGAGCGAUUGUCGUGAUUUUUGUGGAAUCGACCAGCUUUCACUUGAAGAAUAUCAUUUGGUUUGCGGGUCCCCCCUCCCCCCAAACCUCUUUUCCCCAGGUGUGAAAUAUAUACCCCGCUCGAACAGACUCUGAGCCGUUCGGUGUCUGCAAGACAUGGUUCAAUCCAGCUGCGAGAUCCGAGCCUCCUCCAUGCAUUGGGAUUUUUCUCAGCACCGACACAGAGUGAAUCACAAUUUUCUGACCAUCUGAGAACUAUCACUACAGUGAGAGGAAGCUUUGACCAUGUCAUGUCACACCGCUUCGAGUCGGGACGGGACAACGGGACCUAAUCGGAGACCGGAAUGCGCAGACCAGAUAAGGGACAGAAUUGGGAUUUUUUCUGUCAUGAGAGGGGGAGCGCGUCAUUGGAGUCGGGUGAUGCUUGUGCUCUAUAUGGGGCUUCUGAGCGCAUCAGUAAAGGCUCAAAACUGUAGCUACACACUACACAGUUCAAACGGGACGAUAGAGAGCCCCGGCUACCCUUACGGUUAUCCCAACUAUGCCAACUGCACAUGGGUGAUUGUGGCAGCUGAGCACAAUCGGAUACAGCUGGUGUUUCAAGGCUUUGCCUUGGAAGAAGACUUUGACAUCUUGUCCAUUUAUGAUGGACCAUCCAGUCCUGGGAACCUACGGACAAGGUUAACCGGAUUCCAGCUGCCACCGCCUAUUGUAAGCACAGGCUCCAGGCUCACCUUGUGGCUGCUAUCUGACUACGCAGUGAGUGGCCAGGGAUUUAAAGCAUCCUAUGAAGCUUUGCCUAGCUACACUUGUGGUAAUCCCGGACUGCUACUUAACGGCCACCAGCAAGGGUCUACAUUCAACAUCGGCGACAAAAUCCGUUACAGCUGCAACACAGGUUAUGUUUUGGAGGGACACACAACAUUGUCUUGUCUUGCCACUUCAGCGGGUACUGCUGCUUGGGAUUUUCCUCUACCCUAUUGCAGAGCGGAUGACGGGUGUGGUGGGACACUUCGAGGCCAGAGUGGAGUGAUCACCACUCCCAAUUACCCUGCUGAGUAUACCAAUAAUGCUGACUGCACAUGGACCGUGCUGGCUGAGCCAGGAGACACCAUUGCCCUGGUGUUCUCUGACUUUCAUCUGGAGGAUGACUAUGACGUUCUGGAGGUCAGCGGUACCGAGGGCUCUUCGCAGUGGUUCACUGGCCCUAACCUUCCUUCCCCCAUUAUUAGCAGCAAGAACUGGCUUCGUCUGCAUUUUACUUCUGACGGCAACCACAAGCUUAAAGGUUUCAGUGCCCAAUACCAAGUGAAGAAGAUGACUGAGCUGAAAUCUCGAGGUGUGAAGAUGUUACCAAGUAAAGACAACUAUCACAAGAUAUCAGUGUUGUCCCAGAUGGGCGUGGCACAAGGACACAACAUGUGUCCUGACCCUGGCAUCCCAGAUCGGGGUAAAAGAAAAGGCUCAGACUUCAGGCGAGGCGCCACAGUGCAUUUCUCUUGCGACGAGGGUUAUGAGCUGCAAGGAUCCAAGAGCAUCAGUUGUCUAAGGGUGACUGACAGCUAUGUGGGCUGGAGUGACGAGCGGCCCAUCUGCCGAGCCCCAAUGUGUGGAGGUCAACUAAGAGGACCUAGUGGUGUCAUGACAUCGCCAAACUACCCGGUCCAAUACGACAACAAUGCCAACUGCACUUGGGUCAUCACUGCGACCGACACGUCUAAGGUGAUCAAGCUGACUUUUGAGGAUUUUGACCUGGAACGAGGCUAUGACACACUGACAGUCGGGGAUGGUGAGGUUGUUGGGGACCAGAAGACGAUCUUUCAUGUCCUGUCAGGUACCACUACUCCAGACCUCGUGGUUAGCACCAGUCAUCAGAUGUGGCUCAAUUUUAAAACCGACGACACUAGUGGCUCUCUUGGCUUCAAGGUGUCUUAUGAAGAAAUUGACCAAGGCAGCUGUGGCGACCCUGGCAUCCCCGCUUACGGCAAACGAGAGGGGACAGGUUUCCGUCAUGGGGACAGGCUGUACUUUGAGUGUUUGCCUGCCUUUGAGCUAGUGGGAAAGAAGAAUAUCACCUGCCAGAAAAACAACCAGUGGUCCGCCAAGAAACCCAGCUGUGUCUUUUCCUGUUUCUUCAACUUCACCACACCGUCAGGGGUGUUGUUGUCCCCAAACUACCCGCAAGAGUAUGGCAACAACAUGCACUGUGUUUGGCUUAUCAUAACCAACCCAGAGAGUCGAAUUAAUUUGGCCUUCAAUGACCUGAGCAUGGAAAAACAAUUUGACUUCCUCUCUAUCAAGGAUGGAGGAAAGGCUGAGUCUCCCAUUUUGGGCACCUUCUCCGGUGACGUCCUCCCAUCUCCGAUUACAACUAGUGCCCAUGUUGCCCGCCUGGAGUUCUUGACUGACCACACAUACACAAACAGAGGCUUUAACAUCACUUUUACAACAUUUCGCCACAAUGAGUGCCCUGACCCAGGAGUCCCGGUCAAUGGGAAGCGGUUUGGUGAAAGCCUUCAGCUUGGAAGCUCUAUCUCUUUCAUAUGUGAGGAGGGAUUUGUUAAGACCCAUGGCUCACAAACAAUAUCCUGCAUCCUCAAGGAUGGCAAUGUGGUGUGGGACAAUGCAGUUCCACGAUGUGAAGCCCCCUGUGGAGGAGAUCUGAAGGCUCCCAGUGGAAUCAUACUCUCUCCUGGCUGGCCAGAACUCUAUAAGGAGGCCCUUAACUGUGAAUGGAUCAUUGAAGCUCCUCCGGGCUACCCCAUCAAAAUCAUAUUCGACAAGUUCCGAACUGAGGUCAACUAUGAUGUCCUCGAAGUUCGUGACGGCCGUUUUCCUUCUUCACCACUGAUUGGAAGUUAUCAGGGCACUCAAGUUCCUCAGUUCCUCAUCAGUACCUCCAGCUUCCUGUAUCUCCUCUUUUCCACUGACAAGAGUCACUCUGACAUUGGAUUUCGAAUACGCUACGAAACCUUGCAGCUGCAGUCAGAUCACUGCGUUGACCCAGGCAUACCUGUCAAUGGACUGCGACAUGGAAAUGACUUCUAUGUGGGCGCCCUGGUGACAUUUAGCUGUGAUGCAGGGUACACGCUUAGUGAUCCAGAGCCUCUGGAAUGUGAACCAAAUUUUCAGUGGAGCCGCCCCCUACCAAGCUGUGAUGCACUGUGCGGGGGUUAUAUCCAGGGCAACUUUGGCACCAUCCUGUCUCCUGGCUUUCCAGACUUUUACCCGCACAACCUCAACUGCACUUGGAUGAUCGAGACCUCCCAUGGCAAAGGUGUCCAGUUUAACUUCCACACUUUCCAUCUUGAAAGCCCUCAUGACCACUUGUUGGUCACAGAGAAUGGUAGCUUCUCACAACCCCUGUGGAGAUUAACAGGCUCCACAUUGCCUCCACCGCUCAGCGCAGGGCUGUUUGGAAACUACACGGCUCAAAUACGCUUCCUCUCUGAUUUCUCAGUUUCGUACGAAGGCUUCAACAUCACAUUCUCUGAAUAUGAUUUGGAACCAUGUGAGGAUCCAGGAAUACCACCUUACAGUACCAGAAAGGGCCUCCAGUAUGGAGUGGGAGAUGUCCUCAUAUUUUCUUGUUUCCCUGGUUACAGACUCCAGGGUCCAGCAAAGGUGGUCUGCUUAGGGGGCAGAAGGCGGGUUUGGAGCUCCCCUCUGCCAAGGUGUGUUGCUGAAUGUGGCUCCUCCGUGACUGGCAUGCAAGGGGUGCUUCUCUCACCAAACUACCCCGGUUACUAUGGAAACAACCAUGAGUGCAUAUACUCAAUCCAGACGCAGCCGGGCAAAGGCAUCCAGCUCCGGGCACGAGACUUCCGACUGGAGGAGGAAGACAAACUCAAAGUGUUUGAUGGCCGCAGUAAUUCGGCUCGUUUACUCGGAGUGUUUACAGGCAAUGAAAUGCUCGACACAACCCUGAACUCUACCUCCAGCUCCAUGUGGCUGGAGUUCAUUACAAAUGCUGAUAAUACCAGUAAAGGCUUUGAACUACACUUUACCAGCUUUGAGCUGGUGAAAUGUGAGGAUCCCGGUACCCCACAGUUUGGCUACAAGCGAGAUGACAAGGGUCAUUUUGCAGGGAGCACUGUAUCAUAUAGCUGUGACCCUGGCUACACUCUGAAGGGCCCUGAAGUGCUCACUUGCCUGAGGGGGGAGAGGAGGGCAUGGGACAGCCCACUGCCACUUUGUGUUGCUGAAUGUGGAGGCACCAUUAAGGAUGAGCACACUGGUCGGGUUUUAUCUCCGGGUUACCCAGCUCCGUAUGAACACAAUCUUCACUGUGUGUGGACCAUCGAGGCCGCCCCGGGAAGCACUAUUAGUUUGCAUUUCCUGGUUUUUCACACUGAAGAGAUCCAUGAUGUGCUUCGGAUCUGGGAUGGGCCACAGGAUGGAGGUGUGCUGCUACGGGAGUUGAGCGGCUCUGCAUUGCCCCCAGAUGCUCACAGCACCUUCAAUACCAUCAGCCUGCAAUUCACUACUGACUUCUUCACUAGCAAGCAAGGCUUUGCACUGCAGUUCUCUGUCUCUACCGCUACCUCAUGCAAUGACCCGGGCAUGCCGACUAAUGGGACCCGCAGCGGUGACAGCAGGGAGCCAGGUGACCAUGUGGUGUUCCAGUGUGACCCUGGUUACAUCCUGCAGGGAGCCAACAAAAUAACCUGCACUGAGAUCAGUGGUCGCUACUUCUGGCAGCCAGACCCUCCUACUUGUACAGCUCCUUGCGGAGGCAACCUGAGGGGUCCAAGUGGACUCAUCCUUUCUCCAGAUUAUCCGGAACCGUACCCACAUGGGAGAGAGUGCGACUGGACGGUUACCGUCACUGAGGACUAUGUAAUCGCCCUCAGCUUCAACCAAUUCAGCUUAGAGCCCAGUUAUGACUUCUUACAUAUCUAUGAUGGGCCAGACUCUCUCAGCCCUUUGCUGGGAAGCUUCUAUGGCACAGAUGUUCCCGAUCGGAUCGAGAGCAGCUCCAAAACACUCUUCCUGGCGUUUCGCAGUGAUGCCUCCCUCAGCAGCAAUGGAUUUGUGCUUCAAUACACAGAGAAUCCUCGAGAGUCCUGCUUCGAGCCGGGUCUGGUGCGCAAUGGGUCACGGCUGGGAACUGAACUCAAGCUGGGCUCCACCACCACCUACCACUGCGACAGUGGCUACACACUAGAGGGAGAACAGACCCUCACAUGCAUCAUGGGAGCAGAUGGCAAGCCAAGCUGGAACAAACCCAAACCCAUCUGCAUUGCGCUGUGUGGAGGAAUGUAUUCUGGUUUGGAGGGUGUGGUCCUGUCUCCUGGCUACCCUGGCAACUACAGCAGUGCAAGGACGUGUCUUUACUCGGUCAUGGUUCCUCAAGAUUACGUGGUCUUCAGCCAAUUUGCAUUCUUCCAGACUGCUCUGAAUGACAUUGUGGAGGUUUUUGAUGGACCUACACAAUCCUCCCGUGUUCUUAGCUCCUUGUCAGGAGCACACACAGGUGAGUCAUUGCCACUGGCAACAACCAACCAAAUUCUGAUACGCUUCACCUCAAAAGGCCAAUCCACCUCAAGGGGAUUCCACCUAGUGUACCAGGCUGUGCCACGAACCAGUGCAACCCAGUGCAGCUCAGUUCCGGAGCCCCGGAAUGGCCGACGAAUGGGCAACAAUUUUGCUGUUGGCGCUGUAAUACGCUUUGAGUGCAGCCCAGGUUAUGUGCUCGAGGGAUCGGCUGCGGUUGAAUGUUUGACAGUGCCCAAUGCACUGGCACAGUGGAACAGCUCUAUUCCCAGCUGUAUCGUUCCGUGUGGAGCUAAUCUUACCCAUCGCACCGGGACCAUUUUAUCACCUGGUUUUCCAGAGCCUUACUUAAACAGCCUCAACUGUGUCUGGAAGAUUACCGUACCAGAGGGAUCAGGAAUCCAGAUCCAGGUUAUCAGCUUUGUCACAGAACAGAACUGGGACUCGUUAGAGGUGUUUGACGGAGGAGACAACACUGACACCUUGCUUGGAAGUUUCUCAGGCACCACCGUUCCUGCUCUCCUCAACAGUACGUCCAAUCAACUAUACCUCCACUUUUUCUCUGAUAUCAGUGUGUCUGCUGCUGGAUUCAGGCUGGAAUACAAAACUGUUUCACUGACCAACUGUCCAGAACCAGUCGUUCCUAUGAAUGCCAUUAAGAUUGGGGAGCGUCUUCAGAUGAAUAAUGUUGUGUCUUUUCAGUGUGAACCUGGAUAUACACUACAGGGGAAUUCACAUAUUACCUGUAUGCCUGGAACUGUCCGACGAUGGAACUACCCUCCACCUCUUUGCAUUGCCCAAUGUGGAGGAAUCCGGGAGGAGAUGGAGGGCAUGAUACUGAGUCCCGGUUUCCCUGGCAACUACCCUAGCAACAGUGACUGCACAUGGAGGAUCUACCUGCCAGUUGGUUACGGAGCACACAUUCAGUUUCUCAAUUUCUCCACUGAAGCCAACCACGAUUUCCUCGAAAUACGCAAUGGACCCCUGGACACGAGUGCAAUCAUUGGGCGAUACAGUGGACAAGAUGCCCCCUCUUCGCUUCUUACCACCUCACAUGAGACUACUGUUUAUUUCCAUAGUGACCAUUCACAGAAUAAACCAGGGUUCAGGUUCGAGUACCAAGCUUAUGAACUACAAGAGUGCCCGGAUCCAGAACCUUUCCGCUAUGGUGUGGUAGUGGGUGCUGGCUACAGUGUGGGCCAGUCCAUAUCCUUCGAGUGUUUGCCUGGCUACCAGCUUGUGGGAUAUUCCAUCCUUACGUGUGAACAUGGCACAACCCGCAAUUGGGAUAACCCUUUCCCUCGCUGUGAAGUUCCUUGCGGUGGAAAUAUCACAUCAGACAACGGGACCAUCUUCUCGCCACGCUACCCAGAAGAAUACCUCAACUCAGCUGAUUGCUCCUGGUUGAUCACCGUGGCCCCAGGUUUUGGAAUCAAGCUCAACUUCACACUACUUCAAGUUCAUGGGCCCCAUGACUUCAUAACUGUUUGGGAUGGUCCACAAGAAACGGCUAGAAAACUAGGUGUGUUCACUGACGGAGAACCAAACGACCCCCCUAAGAGCACAUCAAAUCAGGUGCUGAUCCGUUUUCGCAGUAACACAGAGAAAGGUGGAUUGUUUCGUAUCGACUAUCAAGCUUACAGACUUCAGUUCUGCUUGCCUCCAACCAUCAUUCCUAACGCAGAGAUUCUGAUGGCAAGCAAAGAAUUUAAAAUAGGGGAUAUUGUGCGCUACAGGUGUAUUCCAGGUUACCAGCUAAGUGGCAACGACAUCCUUACAUGUCGUCUAGGGGCUCACUUGGAGUUUCAGGGGCCUCCGCCGUCAUGUGAUGUGACAUGUCCCAUGAAUGAGCUACUGACAGCAUCAACAGGCGUCAUCAUGAGCCAGUCACCAGGCACCGGUUUCCCUCAUUUUGAGUCAUGCUCCUGGGUUGUCAAAGUUGAACCCGGUUACAAUAUCACUUUUACAAUAGAACAUUUCCAGACCAGCCGGCAAUUUGAUGAGCUGGAAAUCUUUGAUGGUCAAUCAAGGCAGAGUCCUCUUCUCAUUACUCUCAGUGGUAACUACUCCAGCCCAUUGAGCAUCACGAGCUCUAGUAACAAAGUCUAUCUGCACUGGUCUUUUGACCACACUACCAGCCACAAAGGUUUCCGUAUACGAUACUCAGCGCCAUACUGCAGCCCGCCCAAUAACCCUGUAAACGGCACAGUGCACAGUCUGACAGGCACCAAGUUGGGAAGCACUCUCCGUUUCAGCUGUGACCAAGGCUUCCGACUUAUUGGCCAGAGCAGCGCCACGUGCACCCGCACUGCCCAAGGGAUCUAUCAGUGGAAUGCACCAGUGCCACUCUGCCAAGUUAUGUCCUGUGGAAUGCCAGUGCUUCCAGUCAACGGCAGCGUUGUGGGUCAGGAUUUCAGUCUUGGAGCCAAGGCUACAUAUCGUUGCAACCCAGGAUUCAGACUUGCAGGGCCAAUCACCACUACAAUGAUCUGUCAGGAAUCUGGAAGGUGGAGUCCACUUGAGACCCCUCCCAGAUGUGUCCCGGUUACGUGCCCUGAUAUCGGCCACUCUGCUGUCGUGCACGGACGAUGGAGAUUAAUCUAUGGAACCCAAAAUCAAUAUGAUGCUAUUAUGAUCUUGAUAUGUGACCCAGGUUAUUAUUACAGAGGUCAAAGGGUCAUUCAGUGUCAAGCCAAUAGUACUUGGAACUACCCAGAUCCACGGCCUGUUUGUAACAUUAUCUCUUGUGGGGACCUUGGGACUCCCCCAAAUGGUAACAAGAUCGGAACACUGACUGCGUAUGGAGCUACAGCAAUUUUCUCCUGCAAUACAGGUUACACUUUAGUGGGUUCACGAGUUCGAGAGUGCAUGUCUAACGGACUUUGGAGUGGAACACAAGUCCAGUGUCUGGCUGGCCACUGUGGAAGCCCUGAGCUUAUUGUGAAUGGACAAAUUAAUGGAGAGAACUACAAUUAUAGAGGUAGUGUUGUGUACCAGUGUAAUCCAGGAUUUCGUCUCAUCGGGGUUUCUGUGCGGAUCUGUGAACAAGAUCAUCGAUGGUCAGGGCAAACUCCAGUGUGUGUCCCUAUCACAUGUGGCCAUCCGGGUAACCCCACCUUUGGGACUACACAGGGAACACAGUUUAGUUUAAAUGAUGGUGUCCGUUUUGUCUGCAAUACCGGAUAUGUUCUUCAGGGAGCUGUUAAGGCAACCUGCCAAGCCAAUGGGCAAUGGAGUAAUCCUCUUCCUCGUUGUAAAACUGUGAACUGCACAGAUCCAGGUCAUGUAGAGAACAGCAUUAGACAAGUCUUACCCAGUGGGCCACAUCGCUACAGCUUCCAGACCACCGUGUCAUACCGCUGCAACCCGGGCUACUACCUGCUAGGAACAAGCUCUAUUGGCUGUCAAGGGGACGGCACCUGGGAACGCUCCUUGCCCAAGUGCCUUUUGGUGUUGUGUGAUCGCCCCAAUAUACCACCCUACGCCCUGAUCUCGGGCGACCGUCGAACCGUGGGCUCAGUCAUCCGCUACAGCUGCAUCAGCCAGCGUACCAUUAUUGGCAAUACAACGCGUAUGUGCCAGCUGGAUGGGCAGUGGAGCGGCUCACCACCACACUGCUCAGGCGAAUCUGCAGGUUUGUGUGGGGAUCCAGGUGUUCCAGUCCAUGGCAUCCGUUUGGGGGAUGAAUUCACACUUGGCAGUGUGGUGCGCUUUAGCUGUGAGCCGGGUUACACGUUGAAAGGUUCUCCAGAGCGAACGUGCCUGUCAAAUGGGACUUGGCUGGGUACCCAACCUGAGUGCCAUGUCAUAUCCUGUGGCAACCCUGGAACCCCUCUAAAUGCCCAAAUCCUGAUCCACGAUGGACUAACCUUUUCUAGAUCCAUUACGUACGCCUGCAGGGAUGGCUACUAUUCUACUGGCUUGCUCACCAGACAUUGCACAAUAAAUGGCACCUGGACCGGCAACAUGCCUGAGUGCUCUGUAAUCAACUGUGGUGACCCUGGAGUGCCAGCCAAUGGAGUGAGGUUGGGGAAUGAUUUUGUCUACAACCGUACCGUUAGUUUCCAGUGUUCUCCUGGUUUCAGCAUGGAUGCUGAUCGUGCUUCCACCCUCAUCUGCACAAAGUCUCGCACCUGGAAUGGCACCAAGCCUCUCUGCAAAGCAAUUGUAUGCGGUUCCCCGCCGAGUAUUCCUAAUGGACAGGUUGUCGGUACAGACUUUAACUGGGGCUCUAGCAUCAGCUACUCCUGUAACCAAGGUUACCAACUUUCAUUGCCCACCGUGUUAACUUGCCAGGGCAAUGGUAAUUGGAGCGGGGAGAAGCCUCAGUGCUUUCCUGUUUUCUGUGGAGACCCAGGCUUGCCUGCUCAAGGGAGGAGGGAAGAUCGAGGUUUUACCUACCUUUCCUCGGUCUCUUUUUCCUGCUAUCCCCCUCUAAUCUUAGUGGGCUCCACUAGGAGGUAUUGCCAAUAUGACGGUACUUGGAGUGGGACACAGCCCUCUUGCAUAGAUCCCACGCACACCACUUGUGCAGACCCAGGAACUCCUCUUUUCGGGAAUCAGAACAACAGUCAAGGCUAUCAGAUCAGCAGCCUAGUGUUCUUCAGCUGCAGAAAAGGCUAUCUGCUCCAGGGAUCCAUUUCUCGUACAUGUCUGCCAAACCUCACUUGGAGUGGUUUUCAGCCAGAGUGCAUAGCUCACCACUGCAGCCAGCCAGAGCUGCCAGCCCAAUCAGACGUGCGAGCCAUUGAACUGCCAUCCCUUGGCUACACGCUGAUCUAUACGUGCCAGCCUGGAUUUUACUUGGCUGGAGGAUCAGAGCACAGGACCUGCAAGUCAGAUGGGAGCUGGACUGGGAAACCACCUCUCUGUGCAGCUGAUAACCGGCCGAGUGGUAAGAGCCCUGUGGGAACAGUGCAGGAACCUCCUUCCAAAUUACCAGUACCCGGUGGGGUAUUUGCAAAGAACUCUCUCUGGAGGGGAUCCUAUGAGUAUUUGGGGAAGAAGCAGCCAGCUAUGCUCAGCAUCACUGCCUUUGAGUCAUUUAGCAAUCGGGUGAAUGGAACACUACUUGACCACAGUGGCGUGGAGCUCAAACUUGCUGGUACGUAUAAAAGAGAAGAAGCCCAGCUGCUGCUACAGGUUCAUCAGAUUCGAGGCCCUGUGGAGAUAUUUGUUAACAAGUUUAAAAUCGACAACUGGGCUCUAGAUGGACACGUGUCCUACAUCUCUUCAUCCAACUCCUUUGUGUACCAAGGAUUUGUCCGUGGUAAAGGCUUUGGGCAGUUUGGUUUGCAGAGACUGGAGAAUUUAGAUCCAAGCAGAGACAACACAGCCUACAACUUUGCCUCCAAUAGCAGUUCAGUGGCAGCAGCCAUCCUAGUGCCUUUUAUAGCCAUGAUCAUUGCAGGCUUUGCCCUGUACCUCUAUAAACAUAGAAGAAGACCCAACGUACCUUUCAAUGGCUAUGUUGGCCAUGAGAACACUAACGGACGGGCUACAUUUGAGAACCCCAUGUAUGAUCGCAACAUCCAGCCCACUGACAUUAUAGCCAACGAGACAGAGUUCACAGUCAGCACAGUGUGCACAGCUGUAUAACGACUGCUUCCUUUCAAGUUAAGGGAUGAGAGAUGCAUCAAUUUUUUGAGGACAUCCCUCUGUAGUUCCUUGUGCAAGACAGCAAGACAGUUAUUUUAUUCACUGAACAACGGUCAGGAAACAACUCCAGUGGAAACAAAUACCUGUAUGCUCCCAUAAAAGAAACAACGCAGCAACCUUCAACAACAAAAUGCUAUUGGUGACUGGAUAACAUCUUCCCACAUCUUGAGGUAAUGUUUACCCCGGAAUCUGAAUUCCAGGUGGAAGUAAUACUGGAAGCAAAGCUGUGACCACUCUCCUCCCAGCCUAAACUCAGAGGGAAUUUUGUGAUCGUGACUUGAACCCGUUACUACCACAGAUCAACACACAAGUCAACUAAAUGACAGACAGACAUUAUUCAUUAUUUGCUAUGGUUUCCGUUUGUUUGUUUGUUUAUAUUUUUAUUCACCCUUUACGCCGCUUGCUGUCUGUGAUAGGGGACUCUUCUUCCCCAACCAUCUGUUCCUGAGGCAGUUAAAAGGUUUCAUCCACAAGUCUGCACCACCAGAGGAUAGAUUUAAAAUGCAAUGAAGGCCAUGUUGGAGACAAACAGUCAGCCCCUACUGUUUUUUAGCUUGUUAAUGACUUUUGUGUUGAAUUCAUCGUGCUGGGCUGUGGUGUCCAGUGGAGGGCUUUUAAGGUUGCAAAGGGCUGCAGAAAAAGCACUUAGUGUUCCAGGGCGGUGCGUGUAUUUUUUGUUGAUAUCUGCAACCUAACCCCUCGGUUUAAUGUCAUGGCCUUUAUUUUAAUGUGGAAUAUCAUUCCAAAAAAAACUGCCAAGUUUUCUUUAUUAUCUAUACAAUUCACUCACAUAUUACACCAACAACUACUUCAACUCUUUUGACCCUGACCCUCAGAGAAGCUUCUGUAAAACUAAAUGUCAAAUUAUCUUGAAAUUAUGUUAAUUUGCUAAUCUAUUUCCAAAGAUUUAAAGCUGCACACAAGUAAGAUAUUGUUAAAAAAAAGGUUUAUUUUCCUUCUAAAAAGUAUGGGGUCAGCAUUUGACUACAGUUCUUUAAAUGAGCAUGAGGAGAUUUAACACUCAGUUUAUAGAUAAUAUUAGGUCUGGGCAAUGAUUGCACAUAUUAAUAGUAAUUAAUCGCGUGCGAUUAACUUCAACGAAUUGCAAUGUCAUACAAAUAAUCCAAUAAUGAAUUAAAAAGUAUGAUUUAGCACACUGUUAUUUCAAAUGUGCUGCUAUAGUAAAGAAAUAUUUAUUCAUAUUGACUAAUUGGGAAUGAGUUAAUGGGUGGUUAAAAUAAUCAGUUGAAUUUUUCUUUUAUCCCAGACAGUUGUUUUAGGGUGUUUUAAUAAUUAUUUGUGAGUUAAGUAGUUGUUAAUUUGACCAGCCUUAUGGAAGUAAGAAAGGAAUCUUUCCGUCGAAGGUCCUAAAUCAUGAAAUGAUUAACGUUAUCCCGUUUGAGACCAUAUACUCGUUGAUAUAGCACAUCCACUGGUUGCAUCAAGAUACGAUUAAUCAAAAAUCGAUUCCACACAAUCGAAUCAGUUACCAAAAGCUUUAUUUGUUUCAUUCAAAUAAUAUGCAUAACCAUAAACUAUUGAAUCACUAGUGUGUCCAUCAUAAUUUCUGUUAAGAAAGCAGCAUCAUUGACAAUGUGUCACUACCGUAGUUAUAAAUGGAAACUGAGCUGAUGUGGGUGUGAUAUGAUAUAUUCUUAGAAAAAGAAAAUCACACCCUCCACAUAGAUGGAGUAAAGCAUCGCUCUAGCACCCUCUGGACAUAUUCGGCUGAAGGCAUUCAUUCCAGUGUGCUGUGCGGAUGAAUCAGUGAUCAACGUCAGUUGAAUUACGUUGUGGUCCUUCCCUUAAGCUAACUUCUGGCAGCUUAGUUUCCUCUUAAAAACUGUAGCGUUGCUUUUUUUCGUUUCGACUUGCUAUGAAAAUGAUUUUUCAAAGCUGUGAUGGUGGGCAAACUGCUGGCAUACAAACUGUAUGUGUCUCUUUUUUUGUACAAUAAUCAAAAUGUAACAUGGUAAAAGGUUUUUCUCAUUUCACAAAUCCAAGACUCUCUAAAGGUCUAAAAAAACAACAAUCAUAUACAGUAUAUAUAUAUCCUGUAUAUACACUGUAUAUACUGUUAAAAGCAGAGGAGUGGCUUUGACAGAACAAAUCAGCGUUCAUACAAAUACAUAUUUGAAGUGACCUACAUCUAUAAUUCCUCUCAAAAUUAUAGGCUUUUUGAAACCAAUCACCGUCAUGUGUUCUUUGAAUCAGAAUGGCUCCGGCCUGGUAAUUGCUUUUACUGUGUUAUUACUUUUAGAGCCCUCACUUAUCGCUAUACCGCAGAUAGAAUAUUGCCCCUUGCUCAGUCUCCUCCAAGAACUGAUGGAAAAGGAAACAAUUGAAUUACCUUAGAGAUUUCACAGGAAGUAGAGAACACAUGUUAUCUAGCCAGGCAUUGCAGUUCAGUUCUCAAAGUUGUAUGGAGGUUCAUUUAUUUUUUUAUUCUUCUAAUAUUGUUUCAAAUAUUUCUUACAGCUUGAAUAUUUUUAUCCAUUCAAUGAGUCUUUGUCCCUUCUAAUUGAGUUUCCACCUACAUUUCCUCCAUGAAAUAUUUGAAUAUACCCUUUCAAAAGUUUAAUUGAGUUUGUACCAAGCAAGUCAGGAUACAGCUGUGCUCUAGAUCGAACUAUUUCUUAUUAAAGUAGUUAGACUGUAACGGAAGGAGCAUGGUAUGAUGAUUGUUUAUGUGUAAACAAAAGGGCUCAGUCUAAAAGACAGACUUGAACCUUUCUCCUUCAAUGUGUUCCACUCUCUCCAAUUUCCAGUCAGCACUUUAUGUUAAUCAUAGUGCCUUGCCAUGACCUCAUUAUUGUGGUUUGACGGCUUCAGUUGGCUUAAUUCUAAAUUCCAUAGUUGGAUGGUCAGUAUUACAUAUGCAUACUAGUGAAGCAACUGAAAGUUCUACACUGAGGUUUUUAUUUUAUUAUUAUUUUUAAGAUGUCUGAUGUUUUAAUAAUUAUCAUUUUUCUCUUCAGUAGGGUCUUAAUCAGUGUCUGGUGACACAUGUGCUUGCUUACAUUUUUCGUUUGCGCAACUGGUUGUAGCAUGCUUUGGGAAAAUUGUAUAUAACCAACCAAAGAAAACUAUCGCAUUAACUUUUGUUCUUAAUGUUGCAUUACUUACUUUUGUUUGCAAUGAGGUUUUACUCAGUUAAAAAACUGUGUAUUUUCUUUGAAUGAAAGUUUUUAGUUAGCACGAAUUACAGUAUAGUCGUAGGAAUAUUUUGCAAAAAUUUUGGUUUAUUCCAUAAAGUUUUCUCAAAGAAAGUGCACUGAAGUUAAAUGAGGAAGUUGGAGUUAUGCUUUAAUCUGGCCCUGUCCUGGUUCUCUUUGCAUAUUUAAAGACAUAGACUCUGUCCAUCCUCGACACAUAUUUUGUUAUCAGCAAGGCACAGCUCUCUCUUCAGCUCACCAUCUCGUCUAUAAUGAAACAGACCCUCUGCUCUACUUCCUGCAGAGUUCACUAAAUUUCCUGUCAGUCAGGAAUGUGAUUAAGAGCUCACAAUUUUUAUUAUUCUGAUGCAACAGUUUGUGUGUACUACACAAUCCAAGAGUCAGGCAAUGUAACAUAUUUGGGGUCAACCAUUAUUUCUUUUCACGACUGUCGCAUUGUGUUGUGGGCAACUGAGCCAAAGCCACUCUCACUGCUGUUAAUCAGUCCCAUUUGAUGUGAUUCAGGUCUAUUAUCCAGCAAAACCCUGAAGUUUCUACGAAUCCAGCUUGUACAGUGACUCAAUUAUUGAGAUAUUGAAGGACUGAUAAUUUGUUUGAAUGUCUUUAAUUUACUGUGUCUGAAUUUGUUGAUAUUAGGAGUUUGCCAGUAUUGUCAAAAGAAAUGCUUUUUAGCACAAAAUACUCUACUGUGUGCUUUCCUUUGCAACUGUCCCAAAAAAUAUAAAUAUAUAUUUUCCUCCUUUUUACAGAAGUUAGGAAAAUAUGUGAAUUGACCACUGGAGGAGACUAAAUAUCAUGGCAACUCAAACACACCUAAGUGAGUUCUUUGUGGCUGAACAUUCAAAAGGCAAAAGGCAGAUGGAUUAAGUAAAGAAAGAAAUGUAAACAGAAGAGUACUAUGUAAUGUCGCUUCAAAAAAAAAAAAAAAAAGAAUAUAAACAAGACAAAAAAAAAAAAACAUUUUUGUACAGAGAUAUAUUUUUGUGAAAAUACAUUUGUAAUAUAAAAUGAAAAAAAAUGGAAUUGACACAUAAUUUUCCCAUGAUUGUAGUACAAAUACUAAUGGGGAGUCUAUUGAAAUUGUAUAAAUAUAUCUAUAUAUAAAUAUAUUCAAAGAAAAUAGAAACAUUUUUUGUAUAUGUAAAAAGAGUGUAAAUAAAAGUUUACAUAAGUAUUGUACAUAUGUAAGACCCACCAUGGCUUGUCUGCAAUAUAUAAAAUGUAUUUUAUCCGUCUGUAUAUGAUGCUUUGCAUUGUGUCCAAGCUUAUUCUACUUUAUUGAACUUGAAGCUUAUUUUGAGGUUUUUGGGAAUAAAACACUUGGAAAUCAAAUUUUCAUCUGCGUGAGUGCUUAUGUUUUUGCAUUAGGGUUGUAGAAUUUUUCACACAUUUUGGUGCCUUCAGUGUAAUCAAUUUCAUUCCAUUGAUAUUUUUCAGGUGCACAUUUGUAUUACUU